CUUCUACUCUCAGCUCACCAUCAAGAUUGAUCCAAAAUGCAAUCUCGCACCACCACAAACGCUCUUGUUUCAUUCCUAUUCCUGUUCUUGUUCCUCUGGGCGAUCCCAGUUUGGUGCUCUCUCCCCAGUGAAUUCUCCAUUGCAGGAUAUGACCCUGGUUCCAACACAACAGGACGCGCUCUUGAGCUCUUUGAGGAGUGGCGGAUGGUGCAUCGCAGAGUCUACAGGGACCCUGCUGAGAAAGCUCGGGGAUUAGAGAAUUUUCUCAUUAACAUAGAAUAUGUUCUUAGCCGGAACGCAAGAAAAACAGCUCAUUCCCUGAGUCAUGCAGUUGGGCUCAACAGGUUUGCUGAUUUGAGCAACGAGGAGUUCAAGGCCAAGUACCUGAGCAGGAUACCGCGGGUUAGAGAAAAGAGGCGAAGCAGGGUUGAACGCAAUGAUGUGGAUUCGGCAACAUUGAGCUGCGAGGCACCUAGAUCACUGGAUUGGAGGAAGAAAGGAGCAGUCACUGCAGUUAAAGAUCAGGGAGAUUGCGGUUGCUGCUGGGCAUUCUCUUCAACAGGGGCAAUAGAAGGUAUAAAUGCAAUAGCUACAGGAGAUCUUGUCAGCCUCUCGGAACAAGAGCUUGUUGACUGUGAUACAGCAAAUGAAGGUUGUGAGGGAGGUUACAUGGAUUAUGCAUUUGAAUGGGUAAUAAGCAACGAGGGAAUAAACACUGAAUCAAACUACCCUUACACUGGUCAGGAUGGGACAUGUAACACUGAGAAGGAGAAAAUCAAAGUGGUGACGAUCGAUGAGUACAAAGAUGUAGCUGAAAGUGAAAAUGCUCUCCUGUGUGCUGUUGUUCAACAACCUAUCAGUGUGGGAAUUGAUGGUUCAUCAUUAGAUUUUCAGCUGUACACAGGAGGCAUCUAUGAUGGAGACUGCUCCAGCAAUCCGGACGACAUUGAUCAUGCAGUACUAAUUGUUGGCUAUGGAUCACAAGGGGGUGUUGAUUACUGGAUCGUGAAAAACUCAUGGGGCACAAGGUGGGGAAUUAAAGGGUAUAUCUACAUAAAAAGGAACACAGAUUUAGCUUAUGGUGUUUGUGCAAUAAAUGCAAUGGCUUCCUACCCAACCAAACAAUCUACAUCACCAUCACCAUCACCAUUUCCAUCACCUGCUGUGCCAACACCAUCGCCGUCGCUGCCGCCGCCGCCACCGCCUCCACCACCACCACCUAGCCCUACACCAGUUCAAUGUGGAGAUAUGUCAUACUGUUCUUCGGAAGAAACUUGUUGCUGUAUAUUUGAGCUGGGAAAAUACUGCUUACUCUAUGGAUGCUGUGGCUAUCAGAAUGCAGUAUGCUGCACUGGGACUGCAUACUGCUGUCCUCAUGACUACCCCAUUUGUGAUGUAGCAGACAGACUAUGUCUGAAGAACAAUGGAGAUUCCUUGGGUAUAGCAGCAAAGAAACUGAAGCUUGCCAAACACAAGUUACCAUGGACAGAGUUUGAAAGGGAAACCAACUAUCAGCAUUUGCCACAAGAAAGUAAUGAAUUUGAAGCUUCAAGUUGAAGAAUGAACAGUAGCUGUAUGGAAGAAAGAUGGCCUUGAAGGCUCGCGUUGAAAUUAUAUGGAUUUGCCUACACAGAAAGGAUUUAUUAAUAUGAUUUUUCUGCACACUCCAAAUUUAUUAGUUUCUCAGGCCAAAUUCAAUAAAAUUAAAACAUCAAACAACUGCAUCUGGUCUGUAGUUGUAUUAUCCCAGAUUAUUUGCAUUUCAUACCUAUACAUUUGGCAAAUGCAGCGGGGAAAACUGAUUACACUUCAAAUACUCUGCUUGUGGUCAUUAAACU